UGGUCUAUCUACACCAGAAAAGGAGGAGGAUGAAAACAUAUGUCAGAGGCGGCGAAAGUUUACACCAGAAUAGUCUGCGCCUCCGAAAGAAUUCCUGCCGCCGUCGUUGGGUUGACCGGGCAGCGGAGGAGCCGUCGUCGCCGGUGGCCAAAUGCCGACCAUCACGAAGAUGUACUCGAUGCAAGAAGCAUCGCAGCACAACACCAAAGAAGACUGCUGGAUUGUCAUCGACGGCAAGGUCUAUGAUGUGUCAUCAUACAUGGACGAGCAUCCUGGCGGGGAUGAUGUUAUCCUUGAGACAACUGGAAAAGAUGCUACCGAUGAGUUUGAAGACGCUGGCCAUAGCGAAGAAGCAAAGGAGCUGUUGCGGACCUUUUGCAUCGGUGAGCUUGACACAUCUUCCCCAGCCAUCCCGGAGCUCGAAAUAUUCUCAAAGAAUGAAGGAACAGACUAUUCUCAGAAGCUCGUGGCCCUGACAAAACAAUACUGGGCUGUUCCUGUUGCUGUUGCUUGCAUCUCGGUGAUUGUUGGCUUCUUAUAUUUGCGUAAGAAGUGAUCGAGUCUGUUUUUGGCAUAACGUCCCCUUUAAAAUGAAAUUUUUGUAACAAUUUUUUGAGUCAUGUGACAAUGGUUCAGAGAAAGCGUUUAUAUAUGUUGGGUUCAGAUUUGGAUAGAAGUCGCCAAGAUUGUUGAGAGGGAAUUUUUCCUGUUGCAAGUCAUUAGACAUUUUGUUUUUUGCUAUUUUCGAACGGCAUCAUAUAGUCUCAAACACUAGUGUGAAUUAGAGAAUUCAUUUGGUGGGGUGGUAUGUUGGGUUAUUUUGUUAGGAUUGUGUUUAAGCUUUCCAAGGA